AUGGAGAUGCAGCAAGCUGCGCAAGACAGACUAGUUAAGACCGCUGUUCAGGUGAGCUUUGCAUCAGCAGUGGCAUCGGGAUCGUCGUACGCCAGCGAGGCUUACGGCGGAGACGGGACGUACGAAACACACCAUGGAAUUUUUGCAUACUACAAUUUCCGUUACCCGAGCCCUACUCGGUCGAACGAAACUUUUGCGCAGAUUCUGGGCACAUUACGCCGGAUGACCUGGACAGGCGAAGCUGAGCAUCUUGCAGUGAGCGUGCGCAGCGAGGGCGCCACGAAUUUCAAUUACGAUGUGGACGACGAAAUGAAACAAGCCCACAGAGAAAGUCUGCUUGAUUGUGACUUGCAUAGAGCUGCUAUUGUAGGACGCAAGUAUUUCCCAACACGGCUGAGCAGUAAGAUAAUUGGCGAUGACCCGGGCGUGGACUGGGCCAAGGUUACGCUUGGCUCUAGAGGAUAA